CUGAGACAGUGUGAGUGUGUCACAGUGCUCCGUGAUUUCCCUGUCGUCUGUACGAUCCCAGCAGUGCAGUCCCUGGUGAGCAAGAUGCCAGAUGCCUGUCAGCUGGGCAUCUCCAACACAGACUGCUGCUCAAGAGAAGCCACUGACUUUCCCACUCUGCAGUCAAACCGAGCGAACACCCCUCUUCGGCGCAAUUGCACAGCUGCCGUAGGCAGUCAAGAGCAAAUGGGACAAACGGGCUGAGAGCUGGAUUCACCUCCCUGCCAUGGCCGUGUCAGACAGGUCAGGUGGUUUGCUAGAGGGUUCUCUGGACACAGCCCUUUUCACAAGAGCACCCCAAGCCUCAUCUUUCUCCCUCUCUGUCCCCCUCUGGCUGUCAUUGUGUUGUAAUUUUGUAAUGUUUCUCUAAAUAAAGAUGUGGUCAUAUUGGGGCGAUAACAGUACAGAGGGGAGGGGCCCUUGAAGAUGCUCUUCUUCUAUAAACCCAGGAGCAAGUGAUCAGGAAUGCAGUCAGCAAAUCCACUCUGCAGGAAAGGAAAAAGUCGCUGCUUGUUGCUAUGGAAACUAUCUGUUCAGAGAAUUUAGAAGAGACAGGGGGUCCUGGCCAAACGAUGGAGUAUGAGGAAGAAGAGGAGCCCCUUCCUGCACCUGUUACCGCGGAAGAAGAAGCACCAGAUGAGACUCAACAUGAGCCCAGUCCUCCAGAACCCAAGAAACCCUGGCAGCCCAGCAUAUACUGCACCUUCGACAAGGAACGCCACCAUUUUGUGGGCUAUGAGAUCUGUAUCCGGGAGUCGAUUGACUCCUACGGCGCGAUCGUUUGGCCAGCGGCAGUGGCCUUGUGCCAGUAUCUUGAGAACAAUCAGCAUCAAUUUAAUCUGCAAGACAAGUCCGUCCUUGAGAUCGGAGCAGGAACAGGGCUGCUCUCCAUAGUGGCUUGCUUGCUCGGGGCAUGGGUCACAGCCACUGAUCUGCCUGAAGUCCUGGGUAACCUCAGAUCCAACCUGACAAAGAAUACCCGCGGACUCUGCAGGUAUAACCCUCAGGUGGCCGAGCUGUCGUGGGGUAAGGACUUGGAGCACACCUUCCCAAGAUCCGUUUACCGGUAUGACUAUGUCCUGGCGGCCGAUGUUGUCUACCACCACGAUUAUCUGGACAGUCUGCUCGUCACGAUGCAGCACUUCUGCCAGCCUGGCACAACCCUUCUGUGGGCAAACAAGGUCAGGUUUGAGUCAGAUAUAAAGUUCACCGAAAAAUUCCAAAGCACGUUCUGCACCACGCUUCUGGGAGAGUUUCCAGACACGAAUGUCAAGAUCUUCAUGGCAACAUUGAAAGAGAAAGCCUUCCUUUCCUGAGGAAAAAGGAAAUGCAUAACAGGCAGCUUUAGUGAAUUUUUAAGAUUUAUCAGAAUGUCUCAUUGUCUCCAUGUCUCAGCCAGGCAGUUCAGCAAAUCCCCCCUGCUGUCCUCAACACUAACCUUGUAUUCAGUUCUUGUUUUUGACAUUCCUUGCAGACAUCGCUUUAUAAAUGUUAGCAGUAACUUGAAGUCAUUUAGUACAUAUUUACUGUAAAGUUGACCAUACAGUGUAUAUAACUACACAACUGGAAGAAGACAGCAUAUCAUUUUUUGAACUAUGUUUCAUUUGUGUUUGCUUUAUCGCAGGAAUGGCUCUAUACACUACUAGAGCAUGUAGCAUCUUUAAAUAACAGGUCUUAUAAUUUGUGAGCUGCUUAGUUCUGUACCACUUGAUGGAAUCAACUUACAAAACGCUUGUGUGGUGGGUACUCUUAGAGAGCCAGGCGAUUGUACUCCUGGUAAGAGCAGCAGCCCCCAGGAGCCUGUCCUGGGGCGUAUGAUACAAGGAUGGACCCCUGCCAGCCCACUGCAAGGCACUUCUAGACACACAGCGACCCUGGCCAGACGGGAGGAAAGUGCAGCACCCAUCUAGUAAAAGCCCAGAAGGACACAGAGAGCCAUGUGCAGGCUCCUCAUAGGAGGCACACCUGGCCCAGAAUCGAACCCAGGGCCCAGAUGAGGUGUUAACCACCGUACUGCCCUAUUAAAACAUCAUAUUGGUACUGUACAUACUGGCAAACCAUUCAUUUUCUAGCUUUAGGAAGAGAGUUUUAAAUAAGUGGAGGAAUGACCUAGUGCUCGAUUUCCCCAGAAAUACGAACCCUGUUGUUUAAUCUACAAAUAAAUAAUUGCAUUAAAUAAUCGGGCUGGUUUGGGUUUUUUACCGUCGGGAAAAAAAUAAGAUAA